CGCAAAUAAGAACAUCAAGAUGGUGUAUGACAGGAUAGCCCUGUCCUGGUACAGUGAUGACAUUGCUUCAGGGGAGCUUGGUCAAGACACAGUGCCAGGGUUCGUUCAAGAGCCAAAUAAUGUGAGGGUUGCCAAGUUUUCCAUGAAGGGGAAUCUGCCUCUGGAUGGUUCAAGUGUGAAGAAGGUUACGGAUAGAAUCAGGGCCAAGAGCUUAAUGACUCAUGUGGAGGUCAGAACUGGGAUUGGGAUGGUUUUAAGCGGACUGAAAAUUGGCACCGUUGAGGUCAAACUAGCAUGCGAAGCCUCCAGUUUGAAGCACAUUCAGGAAGGUGCCAUGCCCAAAUGCAAGGCUUUUGUAUUCCGCCUGAUUAAUAUACACUAACUUGAACUUGAUCAUGGACCUCAUCAUGUG